AUGGCAUCAUCAUCUAUUUUUAAUCCCGAUACAAACUCCAACUCAUCGCGUAAAACGCGAAGAAAAAUCGGCCAUGAAGAGGAAGCCGGAAUUCCCAUCGCCGAUACAGAACGACCAAGAUGGAGAACCGAGUCAGAAUCAAAAAAUUACUCAAUCAAACUCGUCAAAGCUCUCCGCCACAUCCGCCGCCGCGACACCGCCUCCGGCGGAUCCAUCCGAGAGGCGGCCGAUAGAGUCCUGGCCGUGUCUGCCAAGGGCAGGACUCGCUGGAGCAGAGCCAUCAUUAGGAGUCGACUCCGCGUACGACUCGCUCAGAUCAAUAAGAAACACAAGAAAGCAAAAGUUUCUUCCGAUAAUCGGUUGAAGAAACCAGUUGCCAAGAACAAGCCGCCGUAUUUGCAGAGGAAAGUAAGAAGUUUGGGCCUUGUAGUUCCCGGCUGCCGGAGCCUUUCAUUUCCGAACCUUCUAGAAGAAACAACUGAUUAUAUAGCGGCUCUUCAAAUGCAAGUCAAAGCCAUGACUUUACUCACCGAGCUUCUUACCAGCGCCGGUACCGUCCCCGGCGACGACACAUUAGCCGGUUCGUCCGAUCAGCUCGGCUCAGAUGUGGUUACAAGUAACUAG